UGACUGGCCCGUACGUGCCUGAGUGAUAUCUCAUGUGCCUGAUAUCACACGUGCCUGUUGUAUAGUCGUCAUUUAUGUGAUAAUUUUAAGUAAUUUCUCCUGACUCUUGAAUUCUAUAGCACAUACACACAACUCUGCAAUGAGAGCAAUAGUUCAAAGGGUGACUAAGGCAAGCGUAACAGUUGGAGAUGAGUUGAUAAGCUCCAUUGGGAAGGGAUUGUGUGUCCUAGUUGGCAUAUCGCGAGACGACACUCCUAAAGACAGGGAAUACAUAGCUCGGAAGCUGUUGAAUCUGCGAGUGUUUGAGGACGAUAAAGAGAAGAAAUGGGAUAAGAGUGUGAUGGACAAGCAGCUGGAGAUGUUGUGUGUCAGUCAGUUCACAUUGUACUCCAUACUGAAGGGCAACAAACCUGAUUUCCACUCGGCUAUGGCUGGGGAUCAGUCGCAGCAGUUCUACCAGGAAUUUCUAGACAUUCUACGCAAAGAUUACAAGCCAGAACAAAUCAAAGAUGGCAAGUUUGGUGCCUAUAUGCAAGUCCACAUUCAGAACGAUGGUCCUGUCACCAUCAUGCUGGAGUCACCCUGCGAGACCAACAGGAACGCUAAGGCCCCCCUCACACCAAUACCAAGGACUGCCAGACAAAGUGGCAGUGCCACACCAGUUGCCGUGGUAAAGGGACAGCAACAGGAUAAGGUGAACGAGAAAGCUUGCCGUUACGUCAAGAGUCUCACCACAGAGUUUGCAGGUCAAGAUGGUGUCCAUCAAGAAUUCAAGAACACUCUCACCAAAUACAGGGACAGUCAACUCAGCACUGCUGAAUUGAUGCUUCAUGUCGGUACCCUCUUCACUGGUCACACACAGCUUAUAUGCAGCUUCACAGCCUUGUUGCCUACGGGCCAUAGCAUGUCCAUCGCAAACAAUGACCCCAGUCAGGUUAGAGUUCACAUGCCAGGUCAGAGGUACAUGUCGCUGGAGGAGGUCAAGAAGCACAUUGAGCAAAGUCAGGGAGAGAGUAGCAGCUUAUCGGAGCAAGGCGACCCAGGACGGAGGGACACGCCCCUUCUAGACGAAGUCAUAUCCCAGCUGGAGAAGUUGUCCACAUGAUGUCGAAGUAAAUUCUGUACAUCUCUUACAAUUGCAAGUACUUAAGGAUGCAUGUGGUGAAUUGAAUUGGAGUCAUGCGUAUUAUUCCUUGUAAAUGACUACAUCUGUGUUUCUCAUGUGCAAAUAGCCGUAGUGUCUCUGUUGUAUUUAUGUUUCGCCUUUUUAUUAUUCACUAUGCUCUUGGAGGGCUGAAAUGGGAAGUGUUGGACAUCAGUGCUUCCAGAACAGGUAUUCAGGUGUUGAUUUAUUUAUAUCACUUAAGAGGACAUCCUUGCAACAGCUGUAAUAUCUACAUUUAGUAUGGAAGCUGAGAAUUCCCAGAAUUGGCAAAAUUUUGAUUAGAUUUUACAACCCAGGAGCUGAGAACUAUUAAUUUCAGUGUCAUCAGGUUUGUGAUCUGUGCUUACUUAAAUUAGCAGUGUCUACUUCGCUGCCUGCAGUUUUCAAGUAAGUUUCCUUGGCUGUUCUUGUUUGUCUUUCCUAACGUUAUCCCUAUGCCUCGCAGAUACGUGUGUUGUUCGUUUUUAUGGUAACAUUUUGUCUGGAUUGUGCAUUAUGCAUGAAUGAAUUGUCAUGCUAGAAUUAAGUUGUCAUAUCUGCCUUUAAAAUGAGUAGUGUUUUAAUUGUCAUGCAGUGUCUGACUGCUAUAUGAAAUAAGGAUGAUAGUGGAGACAUGAAAAUAGUCAACAACCCAAUCAAUGUAGAGACAAAUUGCUUGAAAGUAAAUGAAGCUAGGUCAGGCUACCUGACAGGGAUAAAACGUCAGCAAAGAGGGUACUCGUUAAGUUAUUGAUCAUUUAGCAGACAGUCAAGAGACCCCCAACUUGGAAGUAUUUCAUCACCCUAAAAUUCACGUAGUGCUCUAAGUAUAGAACACAGACUGGUAUUAAAUGAUACAGACUGGAAAAAAGGAGAGUUUCCUCUGUAACAUUGGUUUGCUACCGUAGGGUUUUGUGUUCGAUACUAGAGAUUAAUGGAUUUUCCUCAAUGGAAGGACUCUUCCUACAGAUAAAAAUAAGGUCACUUUAGUGAAGGUUUUAUGAUUGACAGCAGUGGAUAGUUUGAAUGAGGUAAGAUUGGGUCAAAAAAAUUGGCAUUCGUCAUUUUGGUGAUUAAAACCCUGUUGUGUGAGUCAGCAGGCACCAAUUUAGUUUCUUAUUUUACGCCCAUGAAAUAAAACAUUGCAAUGUUUUAAAACAGGA